AUGAAAAGGUAUACAGUAAAAAAAAAAAAAAAAAAAAAAAAAAAAAUCGCUACUUCAUCGGAAACGAAGAUAGACGACGAUGUAGAUCCCUCGGCUUCUCCACUGAACAGUGGUGAAUACAAGGGAAACUGUUUUAACCUAAAUUCGGAUGAUGAGAAGAUCGAAUUGUAUGCUGGUAUGGCUCAUCCCAGGGGAAAAACAGAAGCAGGCAAUUAUCCCUGUUUGGGUGGUCGGGCAGGCCAGAAGGUAAGAUCCAGGGUCAAAACGGGAGAACAUGGUCCAAGACACAGGGGUGAUAGUAGCGGAGAAAGCAGUGACCGUAGCAGCGCUAGCGGUUGUAGUAACAGCCAGGAGAGUGAGAAUCCAAAAGGCAUAGCGAACGCUCCCAAAGAGAAUCACAUCCGUGAUAAUUUCAUAAAACAGGAGGACCCCCAAAGGAAUAACACCGACGAGGUGUCACACAUAGGAAAGUCAAGCGGUCAACGAAUUAACCGGAACAGCACGUGCAAGAAGGCGGGAAGAAAAACUUCGGACGGUAAGAUCCGCAUGAAGGGUGAACACAUGAGCGAUAGCAUCUAUUCCUAUCAUAAGAACAGAGGAGACGGUGAUGCACAUGAUGAGAACGCCGCAGCUAGGGCAGGAAAUGGAACUUGCAAGGACACUGACAUCGAUGAGGCCAGCGAGGCACAGAUGAACGACAGGAGCAGGGCCCUGCUGCAGGAGAAUAUGAACAGCAUAAACAGCAUGAAUGUGAUGGGAUCGAACGAGAACGUGAUGGGGGAGGCGGCGAACAUAAUGGAAGUGUCAUCAAACGUGGGGGUCGCCAAUCUGAUGGUUCCAAAUGAUCGAGCCGGCAACGCCCAGAACAGCAACUCAAUCAACGACAGCAUCAUCAGUAGCAAUUCCCCCCUGGGCAGCGGCAGAAUCCAAGCGAACAGAAGAAGAAGAAAAAACAGGAAAGCCCAAAUUAUCAAAAAGUGUGGCGGACUGAAAGACAAAGAAAAACCCAUUUUGCCCUUUUAUGUCAUAUGCGACUAUCUAGAUUUUGUGGAGAGAAAAAUGUAUGUAAACAGAUUCCGAUUUAAAUUAUAUGACCCCAUUUAUCAGCUGGGGAAAUAUCGGAAUUGUGCAGGGGUUGUUCUGAAGAAAGAUUUGAAAAAAAGCUGUCUAAAUUAUAUCGACUCUAAUUUUCUAUUUUUAAAAAAGGAGUUAUGCAAAAUCGAUCUGGACAUUGACAUAAGAUGUCCAACCAAACAGAUCUUUAAGCAUGUCUGCUAUCGAAUGAAUGUGGACCCCACGCAUGUGCUGAUUUUCCCUUACCCCCCGCUAAAUAGCCCUAUAAAUUUUAACCCUUACAAUAUUGAUUCGUUCACCUCUAAUUCGGAUUCAGAUGGAGAGAAUUACCAAAAGAAUAGCAACUCGACAUAUGGACCCAUGCCAUUUGAAACGAUAAUAAAACAACUUUCCGUAGCGUUGGAACACAACUCACUCACGGAACAGAAAACCUUCUGUUUGUCUCUUCUUCCAUUUCAUUAUAAAUACUUCACGAGACUGUACCCGGAGGAUUCCCCCAAAUAUUUCCACUAUGUAGUUCACUUGUUUAACGCGAAUGUACAGUCUGUUGCGGCAUUUACAGGGCAUAUUAAGCUUAAGAAAAGCCUGCCUAAUAAGGAUAAAGGGGAGAAAAAUUACUUCCAAAGGGAUGUCGACUCCAGCAGUGAUGUCUCCGGAUCGUCCAGCUCGGACAGGUUCAGUAGCACCAUGGCGAACCGACACUAUUCGUCCGACAAUUACACAACAGUUCAAGAUUUAAUCGACAAAAUUAAGUUAGAAAUUAACCCCUACUUGAAAAAAAGAGGAAUAGAUGUCAAGCAGAAAUUUCGACUGUUGUUUACCUUCGGCCCCAAAAUUAAGUACCUCAGCCAUAAUGAGCAGCUGGUACAAAUGGAUUUCGUCAAGACGAACCAUAUCAAAAAUGUGUAUGUCACUCCGCUAAGGAUGGAGCCUGAUUUUACCGACGAGCAGAAACAUUUGAUAGAAACGGACCAGCUUAAGAUAAUUCACGUCUUCAAUCAGACACCUUCGAAGGAAGUUUUCGGCUACAGUUUUGACGUCCUCGUGCAUCCGAAUGACAACAUGCUGGACAUCAAAAACAGGAUAAGAAAAAGGACCCUCCUGCCCAAAUACAUAUUCGACAAAAUCACCUUCUUCGAGUUUGAGAACGGGCAGAGGAUUUGGAGGUCCAAUGACGACACCAUCAAUUGGAAGAACAAGCAGUUCGCGAUCAUUAUAGGAGAACACCAUGCCCCAUCCCAGUCGAAGCCCCAAAUGGGAAUGAAAAUAGCAUAA